GACAAUCCUACAAUGGCAUCGAAAGUCCCACAAACCAUAAGGUGCAAAGCCGCAAUCUGUUGGGGCCCUGAAGAGCCAUUAACUGUGGAGGAGAUCGAGGUGGAGCCGCCUCGGUCGUCGGAGGUCAGAAUCCGAAUCCUCUGCGCAAGCUUGUGCCAUACUGAUCAGUCUUGUUGGAAGGGCUACCUUGGUCCACUGUAUCCAAGAGUCUUGGGGCAUGAAGGAGUUGGUGUCAUCGAAAGCGUGGGCGAAGGCGUCGACGGGCUCGACGAAGGGGACCUGGUAAUGCCGAGCUUCGUGGGCGAAUGCGGCGACUGCAGAAACUGCAGCUCGAACAAGACCAACCUCUGCUUCAGGUACCCGGUCGCGCUGGACGGGUUGAUGCCGGACGCAACGGCGAGGAUGUCCGUGGAAGGGAAGAAGCUCUACCACCUCUUCAGCUGCUCGACCUUCGCUGAGUACACCGUCGUCAACGUGAAUUACGUGGUCAGGGUCGACCCCAGGCUCGAACCGAGUCAUAUCAGCCUCCUGUCCUGUGGGUUCACUACUGGAUUUGGCGCGGCGUGGAAGGAGGCGGGGGUCGAUCGAGGCUCGAGCGUCGCGGUGUUUGGGCUUGGAGGCGUCGGAAUUGGGGCCGUUGCGGCAGCUAAGUUGCUAGGAGCGAGCAAGAUCAUUGGUGUAGAUUUAAACGAUAAGAGAAAAGAGAAGGCAGAGUUUUACGGAAUGACAGACUUCAUAAAUCCAAAAAAAAAUGACGGCAAGACUACUGUCGAAAUUAUAAGGGAAAUGACUGAGGGCGUUGGUGUUGAUUAUAGCAUUGAAUGCACCGGAGCUGCAGCGGUCACCAGUGAAGCGUUUGAAUCUACAGUAAUGGGAAGAGGGGUGACUGUAUUGCUUGGAGUUACCCCGGAGCAACAUGCAUCAGUAGACCGCACGGCACUUUUGUAUGGUAGAACAGUAAAGGGAGCCCUUUACGGAGGAGUAAAACUUCGAUCUGAUCUUCUUUCGAUCAUUGGAAAAUGUAUAAGUAAGGAGAUCAAACUUGAUGAGCUAAUAACACACCGAGUUGGUUUGGAUGAUAUAAAUCGUGCGUUUGAACUGAUGAAGGAUGCUGAUUGUCUCAAAGUAGUUAUCGAAAUCAGUGAUAUGUAGGCGAUUUAUGUUGUGGUACAGAUUUAUGAAGCGCAUUGACAUUGUGUAACAUGUUUGGAUUUCAAAUAAACUAUGUUUCUGUGUUUUUGUAUCUUCCUCUCUAUUAACAAAUUGCGUAAUUCUUU